AUGCAGCCACAGGUGACACUCGUAGCUGCUGCCGAUCUCGGCCACGGUCGAGGGCCCCGGCCGUUCUACAAGAGCGCCCAGUGGUCUGCCGACGGCACCACUGUCAUCACGUCUACUUCCGAUAACCGCAUCGUCAGCUAUGUCCUCCCAGACGACCUGCUGGAUCCGCAGCAAGAUGGCCAGCUCGAAUCGAACUCGCUAGCUGCAUCCGAAUCUGACUCUGACUCUGACUCUGACUCUGACUCCGAAUCCGAUUCGGACGGCAGCAACUCCGGAUCCUCGUCCACUUCGUCCAUAAACUGCCGCCACCGCAGACUUGUUCCCCAGGGCCGUCUUUGCCUGCCUGAACCUGCAAACGCCCUUGCCUCUGCACCUUACUACUCGCUCGCCCUGCCGUGGUCCCAAUCUGUCCUCGUCUCCUGUCGCGAUCUGCCCAUCCACCUGUACUCUCUCUUUCCGGAGGAGGGAGACAGCAGCAGCAGCAGCAGCAGCAGUAGUGUUGCUCAUGCUCGGCCUCGUCCGCUCGCUUCAUACCCCCUCAUCAAGACCGAGACCGAGGCUUACCUCGCUCCCAAUGCCCUGCUAUGGCCUUCCCCGGGCACCCACUUCGUUGCCGGCACCACCAACCUGCUCGUCCUGUUCGACAUUAGCCGCACAGCCAACGACCCGCCCCUGUUGCGUGUGCCCACCAUCGCGUCGACACGCCACCUGCGCAAGGGCAACGGCGUUGGAAUGCGCGGCACCGUGGCUGCGCUGAGCGGCAGCAUUGGCCCCGGUCCCGGUCCCGGCCUUGUGGCUGCUGGCACAUGGACCCGUUGGAUCGGCCUCUACGACCUAGCCCGCGCUGGCGGCGAGUGCGUGGCCACCUGGAGUGUUGCCCGUGCAAGCUCCCGUGCAAGCUCCCGUGCAGAUUCUCAGCCAGGUGUUGACUCCAUCGGCGGUGGCGGCAUCUUGCAGACCCUCUGGAGCCCCUGUGGCCGCUACCUGGUCGUGAACGAGCGUCGGUCCCGCGGCCUGCUGGUCUAUGAUGUCCGUGGCUCCGGUGAGCUGCUUUGCUGCCUGACCGGACGUCCGGCCGAGACCAACCAGCGACUCAGCUGUGACGUAUAUAUGAGCGCGUCGGCUCCAAAUAACUCUUCGGUGGAGGGAAAGGUGACUGACGGUAGCAACAACAACGGCAGUAGCGGUUUUGAAGUCUGGGCUGGUACCCAGAAUGGCACCACGGUCGUGUGGGAAGGCAUUGGCCGCUGCGGAGGGAAUAUCGAGCCGUCAUGGAGCUGGAUGGCCCACAGUUCGGCCGUUAGUAGCACGGCUAUGCAUGCGAGUGGUUCUGUCAUUGCCACAUGUUCGGGCUCCUGGGCUCUUCCUGGCGAUGACGAUGCCAAUGAGACCGACGAUGCAUCUGGCUAUACAGCAGUGCGAACCAGCCCCGAUACCACUUUGAAAUUAUGGACUUUAGCCUGA